AUUUCUCUGACCUAGCUACACAACAAUAUAAACAAAAAUGGGAGCCUUAGCAUGCUGUAGCGUUGUGAUGACUUGACUCGAUCCUUUACAGUGACAUUCCUUCAGAUAGUAUUUGAUACAUGUCCGCGGUUUUUGAUGUGAGAUUUGCAGCAGAUCUGAGGAUUAAGCAGCGGAUGUGAAAUCUGUGAUGAACAGCUCGGGUCAUGAUGGACAGCGAUCUGAGCCCACAGGACAGGAAAGACUUGGACAAAUUCAUCAAAUUUUUCGUCUUGAAGACAGUGCAGGUGAUAGUGCAGGCUCGUCUGGGCGAGAAGAUCUGCACUCGCUCCUCCUCUUCCCCCACAGGCUCAGACUGGUUCACCCUGGCAAUUAAAGACAUUCCAGAGGUGACCCAUGAAGCUAAGAAAGCUCUGGCUGGGCAGCUGCCCAGUGUCGGGCGCUCCAUGUGUGUGGAGAUUUCCCUGAAAACAUCAGAGGGGGAUUCAAUGGAGCUGGAAACAUGGUGCUUGGAGAUGAACGAGAAGUGUGAAAAGGACAUUAAAGUCUCCUACACGGUUUAUACGCGUCUGUCCCUGCUUCUCAAAUCUCUCCUGGCCAUUACGAGAGUUACUCCUGCCUACAAACUGUCACGCAAACAAGGCCACGAUUAUGUCAUCCUGUAUAGGAUAUAUUUUGGUGAUGUACAGUUAACAGGACUUGGUGAAGGUAAGACUUUCAGAGCGUUGCAAGGUUUCCAGACAGUACGUGUAGGAGUUGUAGGUACUCCCAUAGGAACCCUCACACUCUCCUGUGCAUACCGCACCAAUCUGGCUCUCAUGUCCUCCAGGCAGUUUGAGAGGACGGGCCCAAUCAUGGGGAUCAUCAUAGACCACUUCGUGGAGCGUCCACUUGGGAACACGGCCCUCAUGCACCCCUGCAACUACAGAGCUCCAGGUGAGGAAGAGGGAGGGGUUUACGCUGGAGUGGAGGAUUCACAGGAAGUGUGCACCACCUCCUUUUCCACUUCUCCACCUUCUCAGUGUCCGUGUACAGUAAGUCAGGCACAUAGUAAAACUCCUAAACCUGCUCUGAUGGCCACUCUGAAGUUCCCCGUGAUGGGGCUGGGCUUCUCACAGCAACUUUGCACUUCUCGUCUGUCAUAUCAGACUCCUCUCCUCGGGCCAGUAGAUUUGUGCCAUCCUACUAACUGCACUGCUGCUGCCCACCCACACCAGAUUGCUGUUCCGGGGAAAGAAGGUGGAGUCCCGCAGGUGCUGGUUCAGCCCAGUCAUGGCACUCAAGCAGACCAUGGGCGUGUCCCGUCCUGCCCCUCAGCAGACACACCCCAUCCUCCGCCCUCCAACUGCAGCAGUGGUGAUACAGAUGUGUUGUUGAGAAGUGAAGGGAAGAGUGUGUCCCCUUCAGAUGCCCCCGAGACAACCUUCACCAGGAAAGUGGGAGCCUUCGUCAACAAACCCACCACACAGGUGACCACUGCCAGUCUGGAUCUGCCGUUUGCUGCAUUUGCUCCCAGAGGUUAUGACCUGGAGGAGAACGACCCGAUGGUACAGCCGCCAGCAUCACCCACCCCCUCCUCUCCAUUACAAGACAGUCUUCACUCACAGAGCUCCAGCCAGAGUGGAGGCCAAGCACAAGACGAUUUUGUCAUGGUUGAUUUUAAACCAGCGUUCUCUAAGGACGACCUCCUCCCGAUGGACCUGGGCACUUUUUACCGAGAGUUUCAGAAUCCUCCCCAACUCACAAGCCUUUCCAUCGAUGUCAGUGCGCAGUCUAUGGCUGAGGACUUGGACUCUCUGCCAGAGAAGCUGGCCAUCUACGAGAAGAACAUUGAUGAGUUCGAUGCAUUUGUGGACACACUACAGUAGAUCACAACUGAAUCAGAAUACUCUUAAGAAAGUCUUUCUUUUUUUCUUUUUCUUUUCUUUCCUUUUCUUUCCACAUUAUAUGGCUGAUUGCUUUGGGGUUUCCUGCUCAUCUGAUGUUUAUUGCCUACGUUUAAGCCAUCUGCUGUAAUAUUUAAAGCUCUUUUCUUUGCAUUCACUUCCUGAUAUUCUUGAGCAUGAUUCCAGCCUGGACUUUUGUGAUGUUUUAGGUAAAUAGUUAAUAGUAAAAAAAAAACAAAAAAAACACAAAGCCAGUAGUUUUUAAAACAUGUUCAUCUGGGUUGUCUACUAUUGGGAUUUACUUUUUUCUUUGUCCAUCAAAAACCCAUUUAGCUUCUUGACAAACCCAAAAUGUCUCUGGAGAACCCAUGGAAGAUCAGACCCUGAACAUUGUAGAUCCUUUUGUGUCGGAUUACUUCAGAGUUGUGUUUGAAAGGUGGGGUUGGUGUGGAAGGACCUUGGCAGGCCCAAAUGAUUGUGAUAAAUGUAUAUAGUGCAUACUUCUUAUUUAAUUCUAUAGAGUACUGCCAAGAGCUAGAAGCCCACACCCAUCUGAUAUGAUCUGCAUUAAUCUCAGUGGUUGAAUCACAACAAUCCUUCCUUUACUAGCAUUUACACCAUGCUUAAGAAGAAGCCAAAAACAAAAAAAAAAGCUUAACUCCAUCCAGUUAGACUCAUGAAUAGCAUCAGACCUGUGACCUGUCCAAUGGAGAGGAAGCGUUUGCUGGAAGACUAGCCUUGUAUCUAAUUCUGAGUAGUUAUGCGAAGAGAACUACUAGGGAUGCAUCUGUACCAAUACUGGGAACAGCCCAAUACCGUGCUCAUUUACUCGUACUCAAAAAUAAUCUGAUAAAACACUCAAUACCACAUGAUACACUAGACUUGCAUCAUAUAGAAUGUUGUGUUAAUGAACUGAUCAUCCAAAAUGACAGCGAACUUGGACUAUAUCAUGAUUCGCAAUCAAAAUAAAGCGGGCUACAACCUGUGAUCUGUGAAAAUUUCUACAGCAUCUUACAAUACAUGAAACUUGGUAAAAAAAAAAAAAAACAUCUUAAAAACAGAGUUAAUAAAGUCCCAUGAUGUCCCUGAUUGCUUAUUAAUAAGUAGGUGUUGUAUUGAGUACUAAAAGAAACAUGUACUCGUACUUAGUCUGGAAGAAGUUAAAGAAAAGUAUUUAUGCAUCUCUACAUUACAAUGAGAAAAGAUCUCAAGAGGAAUGUUUUUCAUUUACCUCCACUUCAUCUACCAAACUUUAGUAUGCUCAGAGCACAAAGGAAUGCCAUGCAUUUAUGCUCUCUGCUCCCAACACGUUAAUGACCACAUGGAUGUUCUCCUGAAUAAUUCCUUGCUGAUAUUUUUAAUAUUUAAGAAUUUGCUUGAUGCAUGUAUAAAUUUUAUUCUUGAUUCAAGAAUCCUUAUCCACUGUGAUCAUACUAUUUCAAAACUUCUACUAAACCCGACAGCAUAGUCUAGUUCAGCACUGCUCACAUUACUCAUUGUAUAGUGUUACCGUGUUACAGUUGGUGUUUUAAGAGCUUUUCUCUUUGUCCCCUGGAGCUCUGUUCCUUGGCAUGUACAUGUGUGCAAUAAACUGGUUUAUUUCAAAAGGUU